GGAGGCUGGAGGGAUUUGUCGGGCUGCCUGGCUGGAAGGGAGGGAAGGCAGGCCGGCAGGCAGGCAGGCAGAGGGUGACCCUGUCUCUUACGCGUCCCCCGGCACCCACCCUGUUUCAGCCCUCAGGAAGGAAACCAGUUGAGUAAAACUCUCCAUGAAUGUACGUCACCAUGAUGAUGACCGACCAAAUCCCUCUGGAACUGCCGCCAUUGCUGAGUGGAGAGGUCGCCAUGAUGCCUCAUCUAGUGAAUGGAGAUGGAGCCCAGCAGGUCAUUCUAGUUCAAGUUAAUCCAGGAGAAAGUUUUACAAUCAGGGCUGAGGAUGGAACUCUUCAGUGCAUUCAAGGACCUGCUGAAGUUCCCAUGAUGUCACCUAAUGGAUCCAUUCCCCCCAUCCAUGUGCCCCCAGGAUAUAUAUCCCAGGUGAUUGAAGACAACACGGGAGUCCGCCGAGUGGUGGUCACGCCCCAGUCUCCUGAGUGUUACCCCCCAAGCUACCCCUCAGCCAUCUCUCCGACCCACCACUUACCUCCGUACCUCGCCCAUCACCCUCACUUUAUCCAUAACUCACACACGGCUUUCUAUCCACCUGUCACAGGACCUGGAGAUAUGCCACCCGGCUUUUUUCCCCAGCCCCAUCUUCCCCCCACACUAUAUGGAGAGCAAGAAAUCAUACCACUAUACGGAAUGUCCAGCUAUAUCACAAGAGAAGACCAAUACAGCAAGCCCCAGCACAAAAAACUGAAGGAUCGCCAGACCGACCGCCAGAAUCGUCUCAACAGCCCCCCUUCCUCUCUCUACAAAAGCCACCUGAACAACUGCACAGCUGUCUACAACGGCUAUGGCAAAGGUCACAAUGCCGGGAGCAGCGGUGGCGGGGGAGGUGGUGGCGGGGGCCCUGGCAUCAAGAAGGCCGAGAGGCGAGCGAGGAGUAGCCCCAAGUCCAAUGAAUCUGACUCCCAAGAGUAUGACUCGGAAGCAAAAAGGGUUCAAGACAUUCUUUCAGGAAUUGAGAAACCACAGGUCUCUAAUGUCCAGGCAAGGACAGUCCUGCUCACGUGGUCCCCUCCCACUGGCCUUUCAAGUGGAGAUAGACCCCACAACAGCCCCCCCUACCCCUACAGCUAUGAAGUGGCCUUAUCAGACAAAGGGAGGGAUGGAAAGUACAAGAUCAUUUACAGUGGAGAAGAAUUAGAAUGUAGCCUGAAAGACCUUAGGCCAGCCACAGAUUAUCAUGUCAGGGUAUAUGCAAUGUACAAUUCGGUAAAGGGAUCAUGCUCUGAACCCGUUAGUUUCACCACUCACAGCUGUGCCCCAGAAAGUCCCUACCCACCCAAGCUGUCACAUCGGACCAAAAGUUCACUCACCUUACAGUGGAAGGCACCAAUUGACAACGGUUCAAAGGUCACCAGCUACCUUUUAGAAUGGGAUGAGGGGAAAAGGAACAGUGGCUUCAGAGAAUGUUAUUUUGGGAGCCAGAAGCAUUGCAAGUUGACCAAGCUUUGUCCGGCAAUGAGAUAUACAUUCAGGCUGGCCGCACGCAAUGACAUCGGGACCAGUGGCUACAGCCAGGAGAUGGUGUACUACACCUCUGGGAACAUCCCUCAGACGCCCUCUGCCCCAAGACUCGUUCGAGCCGGAGUCACGUGGAUCACACUGCAAUGGAGCAAGCCAGAAGGCUGCACGGCAGAGGAGGUGAUUACCUACACCUUGGAGAUCCAGGAAGAUGAUCACGAUAGCCUUUUCCACCCAAAAUACACUGGAGAAGACACUACCUGCACUGUGAAGACUCUCAAGAGAAGCACACAGUAUAAAUUCAGGUUAAUCGCUUCUAACAUGGAAGGAAGAAGCUGUCCAAGUGAAGUUUUGGUUUGUACAACAAGUCCUGACAGACCAGGACCCCCGACUCGACCCUUCAUUAAAGGGUUAAUUACGCCUUACAGCUUUAGCGUAAAAUGGGAUCCUCCUAAGGAUAAUGGCGGUUCUGAAAUCCUUAAGUACUUACUGGAGAUCUCAGAGGGACAUUCAGAAGCAAACCAAUGGGAUGUGGCGUAUAGCGGCUCCACUACGGAAUAUACCCUUACUCACUUGAAGCCAGGCACUUUGUAUAAACUCCGGACAUGCUGCAUCAGCACUGGUGGACACAGUCAGUGUUCCGACAGUCUGCCCGUCCGUACACUCAGUGUUGCACCAGGCCAGUGUCGACCCCCAAGGGUCUUGGGGAAAGCAAAGCACAAAGAAAUACAUCUACAAUGGGAUGUUCCUUCAUCAGAAAGUGGCUGUGAGGUCUCCAAGUACAGCGUAGAGAUGACUGACCCUGAAGAUGUUGCUUCUGAGGUGUAUCAUGGGCCUGAUUCAGAAUGUACGGUUGGAAAUCUUCUCCCUGGAACUACCUAUCAUUUCAGGUUGAGAGCCUUGAAUGAUGGAGGGUAUGGUCCUUAUUCUGAGGCAUCAGAAAUCACCACCGCAGCAGGGCCCCCUGGGCAAUGCCGAGCACCUUGUAUUUCCUUUACGCCUGAUUCAGGUGUCCUAGUAAGUUGGGAGAGCCCUGAAAUCUCUGGUGCUGACAUCUCAGAAUACAGAUUGGAAUGGGGAGAGGACGAAGAAUCCCUAGAACCCGUGUAUCAUGGGACAGAGACAAGUUUUGAAAUAAAGGAAUUGUUGCCUGCGGCACAUUACUGCUGUCGACUGCAGGCUAGCAAUCAGGCAGGAGCUGGGCCCUACAGCGACCUCGUAUCUUGUCGGACACCAGCAUCGGCUCCAGAUGCUGUCUCCACUCUCUACGUCCUGGAGGAAGAGACCCUCGGUGCCUAUCCAACAUCACCUUCCGUGUGCCUUGUACUGAACUGGGAAGAGCCGUGCAAUAAUGGAUCAGAGAUCAUUGCUUACAACAUUGAUCUGGGAGAGAAUAGCAUUACGGUGACCAAUGCCACGAGCUACGUUAUUAAGAACCUUCUCCCAGAAACCUCCUAUCGGAUCAGAAUUCAGGCCGUCAAUGAAAUUGGGGCUGGACCAUUUAGUCACUCCAUUAAGGCCAAAACGAGGCCAUUACCACCCUCCCCUCCCCGGUUAGAGUGCGCGGCAGCGGGGCCGCAGAGCCUGAAGCUAAAAUGGGGAGAUAAUAACUCCAAGGCGCACGCGACUGAUGACAUGGUGUACACGCUCCAGCUAGAAGACAGAAACAAGAGGUUCAUCCCAAUUUACAGAGGACCAAGCCACACCUACAAGGUACAGAGAUUAACAGAAUUCACUUGCUACACCUUCAGAAUACAAGCAGUGAAUGAUGCGGGUGAAGGGCCCUUCUCAGAGACAUAUACCUUCAGCACAACCAAAUGCAUCCCGCCUACCAUCAAAGCGCCUCGAGUGACGCGGUUAGAGGGAAACGCAUGUGAGAUUUCGUGGGAGACGGUACCGCCAAUGAGAGGAGAUCCCAUCAAUUACAUCCUGCAAGUGCUGGUUGGAAGAGAGUCCGAAUACAAACAGGUGUACAAGGGAGAAGACGCAACCUUCCAAAUCUCAGGCCUCCAGAGCAACACUGAUUACCGAUUCCGCGUGUGCGUGUGUCGCCGUUGCUUAGAUACCUCACAGGAGCUGAGUGGAGCCUUCAGCCCUUCGGCCGCUUUUGUGCUACAGCGGAACGAGAUGAUGCUCGCGGGAGACAUGGGGUGCUUCGACGACCCCAAAAGGAAGAGCCCAAUGCCUACUGAUGGACAAUUUGCAGCCCUCAUCGUCCUUGGCUUCGCGGGCCUGUCCGUUUUGUUUGCCUUUAUAUUACAAUACUUCUUAAUGAAGUAGUCCAGUCCAACAGAGUCCGAGGUAUGAAUUUAGGUAAUGCUACGCAUUGUAAUACACAACAUUUAUCCAGAUAGUCCUUUUUAAAAGAAAAUUUUUUUAAAAACCUUUUUUGUUCUUUGAUUUAUAUACUUCUCUUGUUUUACAGUUCUAGCUAGGAAUAAAAUAUCAGUGUUUUGGUGCACCUUUUUGAAAUGCAAAACUAGGAAGAGGUUCAACUGGAUCAAUAAGCAAACCAGAUACCAAAAGCAAACUUUCCUCCCGCUGAGUUUUCUUUUCAUUUUUUUCUUUCAAUUUGCCUCCACACUGUUUUCACCGGUGUCUUUCUCAACCUUCAAUUUUUAUAUGUUACCGUUUAGUAGACAAUAAUCACCAGUCACUUCUUUAUGUCUUUUUUUUUUUUAAUCAUCGUAUACUUGUAAACAUUAAUCAGUUACAAUGUGUGUAGCGAUAGGGUGGGAGUUCUGUUGUAAGUGAAUGAGACAGAUAUUUGGAGUAUCGCCAACAACGUUGCAUGAGACUGAUUCACUACAAGGCAUCUGCCCUAAGCACCAUUUACUGUUUAUUUUUAUUUUUAUUUGUCACUCAGUUAUUUAACGAUGAUUAGCUCAUUUAAAUCAGAAUGUGUACUACAGGCUAAAAUAUUUUUAUAAUCUGUUAUUCUUAUAAUUUUUAACACUAUGAACUGCCUCUAUAAAAAAAAAUCAAGUAACCAAAAUGCAUAUCAGUGAUGGCGCAUUCUAGAUUUUUCCCAUGUCAAUCCAUAGCAGUAACUCUAAGAGGGCAUUGUGCAAUAGCUACCUAGUAAUCUCCUUGGUCAGCUGUCUGAAAGCUGCUUUACCUUGUUUGUCUAGCCUUGUAUAUAACUACUCCUAAUCUAAUCACUAGAUUUUAUUAUAUUCUGUUACAUUGGACAUGAAUUAUCUGACUCGGACUGGUGACAGCUUUCUGCUUCUGCUGAUUGCAGGCAAUUUUACACUAACCAUGAGCAGUCUGUCUCUUUCUCUCUCUCCCUCUCUCUCUCUCUCUCUCUCUCUCUCUCUCUUUCUCUCUCUUUCUCUCCCUCUC